UCACGGACCUGCGGCGCUGAACCCCGCCCGCCCGGGGGCGGCGGGGACGCCGCGGGGAGGCGGGAGCACCGCCCGGGCGGCGGCCGGCUGUGGUCACAGGUGGGCGGCAGCGGAGAGCGGAGCCGGGGUCCCCGAGACUCCAGUCAUCGCGGCCGUAACCCCGCGGAUCAGAGAUCCCGGAGCCGCGUCCGCGCCCCGGGAGAAGCCAACCCUGCUCCUCUCCGCCCCGGCCUCUUUGGCUGUAGCCGCACCUCGGCUCCGGAGCGCAGUGACAGGUGGAAAUCACGACCCAGAAGGGCACUAUGAAGCCAGUGAAGAAAACCAAAGCGGAGGAACCUGAAUUGGAGCCCCUGUGCUGUUGCGAGUACAUAGAUCGAAAUGGGGAAAAGAACCACGUGGCUGCUUGUUUGUGUGAUUGCCAAGAUCUGGACGAAGGGUGUGAUAGAUGGAUCACGUGUAAGUCCGUGCAGCCUGAGACCUGUGAAAAGAUCAUGGACACAAUCUCAGACCGCCUCCGGAUUCCUUGGCUUAGGGGAGCCAAGAAAGUUAACAUUAGCAUCCUUCCCCCACUGUUCCUGCUGCCUGUCUUUCUCCGCGUGGCUUCCUGGCAUUUUCUGCUUGGGGCGGUGGUUUUGACCUCCCUCCCCGUGCUGGCUCUGUGGUACUACUACCUCACUCACAGGAGGAAAGAGCAGACUCUGUUUUUCCUGAGCCUCGGACUGUUCUCUCUGGGCUACAUGUACUACGUGUUCCUGCAGGAAGUGGUCCCCAAGGGGCGUGUGGGGCCCACUCGGCUGGCUCUUCUUUCCUGCGGGUUAUUGCUCAUCCUCUUCGCCUUGUACAGAGCCAAGAAGAAUCCAGGCUACCUCAGAAACCCAGCACCCAAUGACAGGGCUCUAAGUGGCAGCCAGGUCGAAUGCCUGAACAGAAAAGGGCCUGAGAAGCCCAAGGGGUUCCCCGGCGCAGAUCUGUCGGGCGGUCUCAACAACCGCGCACCCAAGGACGAGACUAAGGACUCCCCGAGGACAUCGGCUGGAAGCCCGGCCAAAGGGAAGGAGGACUGGUGCGCCAAGUGCCAGCUGGUGCGGCCAGCCCGGGCGUGGCACUGCCGGAUCUGCGGCAUCUGUGUGAGGAGGAUGGAUCACCACUGUGUCUGGAUAAAUAGCUGUGUCGGAGAAUCAAACCAUCAAGCAUUUAUACUUGCCCUUUUGGUCUUCCUGCUCACCUCGGUAUAUGGGAUAACGCUGACCUUGGACACCAUCUGUACAGACAGAAGUGUCUUCACAGCUCUCUUCUAUUGCCCUGGAGUUUAUGCAAAUUACAGCUCGGCUCUGUGCUUCACCUGUGUGUGGUACUCUGUCAUCAUCACGGGGAGCAUGGCCUACAUCUUCCUAAUCCAGCUGAUAAACAUCAGCUACAACGUGACCGAGAGGGAGGUGCAGCAGGCCCUGCGACAGAAGACGGGGCGCCGGCUGCUCUGCGGGCUCAUUGUGGACACAGGCCAGUACAAUCGGGGCUUCCUGCGGAACUGGCACCAGUUCUCCACCCUGGGCACGCACCCCUUCCACCACCCUGCCGAGGACAUCGUCUGAAGUGCCUUCUGUACGGCUCCGGGGUGGGGGGUGGCUCCUCCCUCUGCUCCCUUGCGUCGGACACUUCGGUACACGCAGGAUGCUCAUGUUUAUCCCUUGUUUCCUAAAGGCAUUAUAGGGCCAUGCUCAGGUUUAGGCGCUGGACUGGGAAGAAACGAAUUUUUCUGAUUUCAUAACUUAAAAGAGAUUUUUAUAUCUAAGAGGUAAAAGUAGAGCCAUUCCUUUCCAUUCACCUUACUAACUAACUAAGUCACCAUAAGUUGUGGAUUGCUAAUGCACAAAUGGAUAGAAGCAGUUCCCACCCAUUACUAUGGGAGAAAGAGCCUUGGAUCAGGAGAGUUUCUAGUCCCUCUUUCAAUUCUGUAUAGCCAUGCGACCCUCAGUCAAGUCCCUUUGCCGAGUCUCAGGUUCACCUGUCAAGUGGGUACUGAUGCCUGCCCUGGCUACCUCACAGAGCGGUUGUUGAGGGGCAGGGGUCCCGUGAGGGAUGAGGUUUGUAGAAAACAUGGAAAAACAACUAAAGCAGCAAGGAGGUAUGAAGCAUUAUUAGGAGAAUCCUAAGACUGGAAAAAAUAUUUGUAGGUCGGAAUAUUGAAGCUAGUAUUAUUGGAGUAAUCCAUUUUCAGCAUUUCAGAGUGAAAAACAGAUCCUCAAAUAACAUGUUGUACAGUUAGGGAAAUUUCUCUUUCUGAAGUAUUAGAUGUUAACUACUCAAACAGAUGACCAGAUGGAUUUAUGCUGUCAUCUGAUAUUGAAAGGAUAGUUGAUGAUUUUAAGCAUAAUUAUUACUAGUAUAAUGUACAGUGGCCAUGAGUUUAGGUGGUGAGUUCUUAUAUUUACCUUACUUCUUAUGUAUUUAUUCUGCUUGGAUUUACUCCCAGUAACUCCAGGAGGCAUCAAUGUUUUCUUCUUCCCAUGUUUUGCCUGGUCAGGUGCUUGUACACUUGUGACAAUAACUGGACAAGAACAGACACUCCUAUGGGAAACAGUUCACUCUUUCUGGGUAGGGUGGCUGGUUAUAUCAAGGGCUUGAUGUUUUUGUUCACGUAAGUAAUACAGAUACUGUCAGUAACAGCA